AUGGAAAUGCUUCUGUUUGGUAUCUGGACCCUACUGACAUUGAUCCCUUGCCCAGGGGCCAUAGAAGAGCUUUUUGAGGUUUCUGUUUGGCCAAAUCAGGCCCUAGUGGAAUUUGGACAGUCUCUAGUGAUCAACUGCAGCACAACCUGCCCAAAUCCAGGACCCAGUGGAAUUGAGACGUUCUUAAAGAAAAUCCAGGUGGGCAAAGGGCUUCAGUGGAAGGAGUUUCUCCUGGAAGAUGUCACAGAGAACUCUGUCCUGCAGUGCUUCUUCUCUUGUGCAGGGAUUCAAAAGGAUACAAGCCUGGACAUCAUUGUGUAUCAGCCACCAGAGCAGGUGAUCCUGGAGCUUCAGCCUGCAUGGGUGGCCGUGGAUGAAGCCUUUACAGUGAAGUGCCAAGUGCCCAGUGUGACACCCCUGGAGAACCUCACUCUUACUCUUCUCCAGGAUAAUGAAGAACUGCACAGAAAGAACUUUGUGAGCAUGACUGUGGCCUCUCAAAGAGCUGAGGUCACCAUCAGUGUCAGAGCCCAAAGGGAGAAUGACAGGUGUAAUUUCUCCUGCCAUGCAGAAUUGGAUUUGAGUUCACAAGGUGGAGGGCUCUUUCAUGGCAACUCGGCUAUCAAGCUACUCCGGAUCUUUGAAUUCUCUCAGAGCCCCCAGAUCUGGAUCUCUUCCCUUCUGGAGGUUGGGAUGGCAGAGACUGUGAGCUGUAAGGUGUCCAGGGUGUUUCCAGCCAAAGAAGUUAUAUUCCACAUGUUCCUGGGAGAUCAAGAGCUGAGCCCCUUCCUCUUCUGGAGAGAGGACACAGCAUGGGCCAAUGGCACUGUUCGGGCCAUGGAGACUGGUGAUCAGGAGCUGUCAUGCCUUGUGUCUCUGGGUCCAAUGGAACAGAAAACAAGAAAGUCCGUGUAUGUCUACAGUUUCCCUCCACCCAUCCUGGAGAUAGAAGAAUUAUAUCCUUUGGCAGGGACAGACAUUAAUGUGACCUGUUCAGGCCAUGUAUUAACAUCACCCAGCCCUAUUCUUCAGCUACAGGGAGCCCCAACCCUCUCUGCUCCUGGGGAGACUGUAUGGCUUCUACUUACUGCCAGGGAGGAAGAUGAUGGCCGAAAUUUCUCCUGUGAGGCUUCUUUGGAAGUACAGGGUCAGCGGUUGGUUAAAAACACUGUGACACAGCUUCAUGUCUUAUAUAAGCCAAGGUUAGAGGAAUCUGGUUGUCCUGGCAACCAGACAUGGGUAGAAGGAAUGGAGCAGAUGCUUACCUGUGUCCCAGAGGGAAAUCCAGUUCCAGCUUUGGAGUGUACUUGGAAUGGGAUGAUCAUUGACCUUGAAGUGCCACAGAAGGCAACCCAGAACCACACAGGCACCUACUGCUGCACGGCCACUAACAAGCUGGGCUCUGUCAGCAAAGAUAUUGAUGUCACUGUUGAAGGACUGGAUAAAGGAGUCAACUCAACUCUCUUCAUCAUCAUUGUCGUCCUUGGAGUGGGUGGCAUCACCUUAGCACUGUAUUUAAACUAUCGGCCCUGCAAAAUGAAGAGGAAGAAAUUGCCCUAUAGGCAGAAAAAGUAUAACAAAGAAGAAGAAGAAAAUCAGUUUGCUGUUCAACAAGCAGAAAAGUGCAAUUCACAUAAUUGUUGA